AUGUUCACCCCUGUUCAGACGUUUUUGGGUGGAUUAUUGCUUCAUUUCUCCACAUCGUCUCUACUUGAAAAUACAGGUCGAGUCUUCGGAAUUUCCGGAAUCCUACAGGGUGCGGUUCUUGGUGCUCAUGACAAAUGGCAAUUUUCCAUCCUUGGCGGUCUACUGGCUGGCCCUAUCAUCAGCCAUGUAACAGGACUACAGACGCUUUUCCCUGGUACAGGACCGGAGACCAUAGCACAGAUUGGACUGGAAAGGAUCAUUCUCGCGGGAACUCUCGUUGGUUUCGGGACUAGACUCGGAUCUGGAUGUACCAGUGGGCACAUGCUUUGUGGUGUAUCUCGUUUAUCGCCGCGAUCACUACUCGCGACUAUGUUAUUUUUCACUACAGCAGUAAUCACAGCGAAUCUUUCUCCACCCCCUAUAUCCUCUUCAGUAGCAUACGCUCUUGAAAUCCCUUCGAGGACGACCGCCGCGGUCCUUCUCGCUGUGGUUGCUGGAGCCGCGUUGGUCCAUUCAAGACUGGCGCUACUGAAUGAUCAACUGAAACAACUCCCAUUCAUCCUCUGUGGUAUCACAUUCUCCCUCGGCCUUUCGGUCUCGGGCAUGAGUGACCCUGCCAAGGUUCAAGGGUUUCUGCAGUUGUUCAAUAUACGAAAAUUUGACCCAUCCCUUGCGCUCAUACUCGUCGGAGGUGUGUUUCCCAACGCUAUACAUUAUGCUCGAAUGGAGAAGAAGGCGAGACUUCCUUGGGAAACAUGGAACGUACCCAGUAGAACAGACGUCGACUGGCAGUUGAUCAUUGGAUCGUUGAUUUUUGGCGUUGGGUGGGGUCUCACUGCCAUUUGUCCUGGACCCGCGUUAGUUUGCUUAUCCGAAACUGUCUAUCGAUGGGUUAUACACGACACGACGCUUCCUUCCGACGCCUUGACCAACAUCGUCACAUUCACAUGCGCCGUAAUCUUGUCCAUGGCUUUAGGUUCGAAAAUACCUCGGCCCAAGGCGUGA